GGCUCAAGGGUCUUAAUCAGAUUGGGCACCGCCAAGUGACCCUCCCUGCCCCGUGACUGGGAGAAGUUGGGUGACCAGCUUCUGUGGUUUCGAGAGUCAUUGACUUGGAGGCUCUGUCAACGGACCUUGUCUAAAUUGAAAUGGGGAAAAAUUAAUCAAAGUCUAUUAUUUCAGAGCGAGGAUUUCCAGGUUAUCAGACUUUUUUGGCCCUCAGUUUCCUCAUCGGUGGAACCUUUGUAGAGAGACAAUGCUGCUUAACGACUAGAUGACCAGCUUUAGAAUGAGGAAAACCUCAAUUCAACUCUUGUCACUGGCAAAUACAGGCUAGCCCCAGGAAAGCCAACCUGCGACCCAGUCCCUCGGUGCACAGGGGAGCACCGGGAUUUAGGCUGCUAAGCGCCGUCCCCACUGCUGUACGGGAGAGGAUGAUGAAAUCAACGCCGACGCUGCAACAGAUUCUGUGCUCCUCCCCAAGCCAGCUGAGCUCCUAGCAGGCUCCCGGGCUAGCGGACAGACGAGCGCCUGAAUCAUGCAGCGGGCGGCAGGGUUGGUGCUGGGGCUGCGCGCCGGCUGCUGCCCGCGCUCCCCGGGCUGGGGCCGGGGCCGGGGCCGGGGCUGGAGUAGCGCGGCCGCCGAGGCCUCGGCGGUGCUGAAGCUGCGGCCGGAGAAGAACGGGCGCCAGCGAAUCCUGACGCCCGAGUCCAUGAACCCGCAGGUGAAGGCGGUGGAGUACGCGGUGAGGGGGCCCAUCCUGCUCAAAGCUGGCGAGAUCGAGAUGGAGCUGCAGCGGGGUAUCAAAAAGCCUUUCACAGAAGUCAUAAAAGCCAACAUUGGCGAUGCCCAUGCAAUGGGCCAGCAGCCAAUCACUUUCCUGCGACAGGUGGUGGCUCUUUGCACAUAUCCAAACCUGUUGGACAGCCCUAGCUUCCCAGAGGAUGCCAAGAACCGAGCCAGGAGGAUCUUAAAGGCGUGUGGGGGGAACAGCCUGGGUGCUUACAGUGCUAGCCAGGGUGUCAGCUGCAUCCGAGAAGACGUGGCAGCGUACAUCGAGAGGAGAGAUGGUGGUGUGCCUGCAGACCCAGACAACAUUUACCUGACGACUGGAGCUAGCGACGGCAUUUCUACAAUUCUAAAGAUUCUGGUGUCUGGCGGAGGAAAAUCCCGGACGGGAGUGUUGAUCCCCAUUCCCCAGUAUCCCCUGUACUCAGCUGUCAUUUCGGAGUUGGAUGCCAUCCAGGUGAACUAUUACUUGGAUGAAGAAAACUGCUGGGCCCUGGAUGUAAAUGAGCUCCGGCGGGCAGUGACUGAAGCCAAGGAAUACUGUAACCCCAAAGUCCUCUGCAUCAUCAACCCUGGGAACCCUACAGGUCAGGUCCAGAGCAGAAAAUGCAUUGAAGAAGUGAUUCACUUUGCUUGGGAAGAGAAACUCUUCCUCUUGGCUGAUGAGGUGUACCAGGACAACGUAUAUCCCAAGGACUGCCAAUUUCAUUCCUUCAAAAAGGUUCUCUAUGAGAUGGGGCCAGAGUACUCAAGCAAUGUGGAACUUGCAUCCUUCCACUCCACCUCCAAAGGCUACAUGGGCGAGUGUGGCUACCGAGGCGGCUAUAUGGAAGUGAUCAACUUACAUCCAGAGAUUAAGGGACAGCUCGUCAAAAUGCUCUCUGUCCGGCUCUGCCCCCCAGUGUCUGGACAGGCAGCCAUGGACAUUGUCGUGAACCCCCCUGUGCCUGGAGAGGAAUCUUUUGAGCAGUUCAAUAGGGAGAAGGAAUUUGUCCUGAGCAACCUUGCACAAAAAGCCAAGCUCACAGAAGAUCUUUUUAACCAGGUCCCGGGAGUUCACUGUAAUCCCUUACAAGGAGCAAUGUAUGCCUUUCCCAGGAUCUUCAUCCCGACGAAGGCGAUUGAAACAGCUAAGGCCCAUAAGAUGGCCCCGGACAUGUUUUACUGUAUGAAGCUUCUGGAAGAAACUGGAAUCUGUGUGGUACCUGGCAGUGGCUUUGGCCAGAAGGAAGGGACCUACCACUUAAGAAUGACCAUCCUCCCUCCCGUAGAGAAGCUAAAGAUUGUCCUGGAGAAGGUGAAGGACUUCCACAUAAAGUUUCUUGAGAAGUAUGCGUGAGGCCCGAGGCAGCAUUGCCCAAGGAACAGAGACCUGGGGGUUUGUUUCUGAUUUGACCAGGUCCACAGAAGGAAGCCUUGGUUCAGGAAGCUUGUCGGACCAGAACCAUCUUCCCCAACAACUCUGCCAAGCAUCUCACCUGGGGGACUUUGUGAUGUUCAUCUUUGGUUUUGUUGUAGGAGACUUUUUGUGCCUUGAUGAUGAGAAUACUUCUCUUCCAUGUUUCUGUUCCCAAUCAAGCUGGGAAUUGGUCACAAUUCAGAAAGUGACAUAGGCCCUGAUAUCCACAGAGCUGACACAUGAACUUGAUUAGCAGAUGUGGCCAACCGGUGCCCUCUGGUUUCGUUUUGAAAAUCCUAUUUGAGUUUGUAAAACAAAAGAAAGUUAUGUUCUAAGUGGUUUCAGGUCUAGGGCAAAAAGCAGGUGCCAGAGAAUGUCUUAACUUCAGUAAGUAUUGGGUAGCUGAGGUUUGAGGCUCUGCUUGAUGUUAUCUAUAAAAUAAAACACUUAUCCUUAUAAGAAUCUAGUCAUUCGAGAGGAGGGGUAUUCAGAGAUAAGAUUGAGGAUGUUGCAAGUGUAGAGGCCCAGGCAGACAACCUUUCCCUUAAAUAUGUCAGUGGAGUUUAGAAAGUGUAAAGGCCUGACUGGUCUAAGCCUUAAGUGGAUGGGGGCCCAGUAGGCUUGUGGAAGGGUGGGGCUGAAGAGGAAGGAGAUGGAUACUUGGAGCUCUGAACUUAGCAGUAAUACCACUUGGGAAAAAUGAGAUGCAGAUUUUGUCCCCACGAAGAGCUUCAGGCAACCUUAAAUGUCUUGUUGGACGCAGAGGGAUCAUCAACCCUAUUCUAUAGGAGGCUUCUCUUAGGGAUUUUGGGGUGAUGGACUAAGGGACUCCCAGUUUACACCCACCCUGGCACUCCUACUGAGGAAGUUCAUGGGAUUAAGGGGAUUUCUGUUUGCCAUCCUGUGAUUUUACUGCUCCAAAAGAAUAUUCCCUUCACUUCUCCUUUGCAAAUUCUUGGAAUGUAAAAGACCGACUGUCUGACCUUCCUCUCAGCACAGCUGGAAAUGGGACUCAGAAGAAUCCAAUUAUGGUGAUAACGGUAGAGACUGUGUUUGGUAGGCCCUUCAACACCCCUUUAUUGGCUAAAAAGUCUUGAGCAUUGAGGGCCUAGUAACUUUCACUCCUUCCCUGUGGCGCCCCCCCCCCAAAAAAAAAUGCAAAAAACCGGGCCAAUUGAUUACAAGGUUUUUUUUCCUUGUCUGACUUUUAAAUUAAUACGAGGCUAAGUCUAUUCCCUUUGGAAACUGCUUCACACAGUAUAACCUGUUUCCCCUUACUUUGGGAGAUUUCCAGAUGGAGCUCAUUAGGGUGGAGGGAGAAUUUGAGUGAAGACACAGAUCUGAUACCUCCCAGGAGACAGCUAUAGACAGGAUCCAGAGUUAGGGAUUGGUGGGCAAGCAAUCUCCCCUCUUUCCUCUGCUGAUUCCCAGCCCCCCUCAGUCAUCUUAGUAUCCAUGUUGGGCAGUCAAGGAAGGCUUCAUCAACCAGGAGAAGGGCCUUCACAUAGGUAGUCUCAGUUCCCUGUCUUGUUCUCAUAUAAUAUGGUUAUCUUUUAUUAAUCUUAAUCCUCUUCAAUGUAUAGUUACAGAAACUUGGGAUAGAAGCUCAAAAGUAUUCUUCCUUAAUGAAGCUUCCUUUCUGUGUCACAUGGGCUGGGGUUGGGGGUAGGGCAAGGAGAAGAGAACCAGUGGGAAAUUGAUUCGGGACAUUAUUCAUAAGCAUCAGAUUCAUUCUGAAGAAAGUAGCCAAAUUCUUAGAUAUCAAAAGAGAAGGGCUGAAGGUUUUUUCCUGCUUAAGAAUUUUUGCACUUACACACGCUGUAUGUGAUAGCAAAACAUCCAGAAGGAGUUGGAGACUUCUGAUUGGCUGCUUAGAAAAGGCAGCUAGGACUAAAUAUGCUCUAUUUGAAAGAAAAGGUUUAACAUUGGAGAAGUUAGUAUAUUUUUUAUAUUUUUGUAACAAUUGCUUUUUUCAUGGGGUGGGCAGGUUCGUAUUUUAGUCUUAAUGAGUCCAAUAGAUUUUUAUAUUUCCCUUCAGACAACAGCCCUAAAAAACUUUGCAAGGUUUACAUGAUUUUUAAAGAUGCUAUACAUUUGUUACACUUAAGAUUACACACACACACACACACACACACACACACACACACGCACACAAUACAGUUAAAAAAAUAAACACAAGCUCUUCUAGGGAGGUUAACUUCAUUUGAAAGAACUGAACUCUUAGACAUUUGAAUUUUAUGCACCUUUUGUUUGGGUGCCUUAUUUUUUCUGGCACCAGUUGGGGGAGAGGCAGGGAGAGCUUUUAAUCAAAAAAUGUAAGUUUUUCUACUGUGUCAUUCACCACAUCUGUCUGUAUUAUAUAGCCAGAGAAACCAGCUUCACACAUAGAAAAUUCACUCUCAGAGGUAAGUCCCUGGAGUUGCAAGCCCGGGUUGUUGAGCUGUCUCCAUUGUUAACUGUAGCUUGCCACCAAGAGCAAAUACAGACUUCAUUCUUCAUGUUUCCAGUUUGGGUUCUCACAGGGAUCUCCUGGUCUUUAAUGAUGUUAGUUAUUUUAUUGGAAGUUUUAAAACAAUAAAACACGUACAAAAUA